AUGGCCAUCCACAGGGCUUUGCUCCUUGCCAUCCUGGGUUGCAUCUGCCUAUGCGGAACUGUCAUUGCAACUCGUGAGCUGAACAAUGAAUUAUUGAUGGUGAUCAAGCAUGAGAAAUGGAUGGCGCAGUACGGCCGCGUGUACAAGGACGCCACAGAGAAGGCGCGCCGGUUCAAGCAACGAUGGACUGGAGGGCCAAGGGAGCUGUCACCCCUAUCAAGAAUCAAUGCUAGUGCGUCCAGCUACACAUAUAAUGCAACUGAUGGCAAGUGCAAGGCUGGAUCCAAUAGUGCUGCAACCAGCACCGGCUUUGAGGAUGUGCCUGCCAAUAGUGAGGGUUCCCUUAUGAUGGCAGUUGCAAACCAACCAGUGUUUGUAGCUGUCGACGAAGACGACAUGACAUUCCAAUUUUACUCUGGUGAGGUGAUGACUAGCUCAUGCGGCACUGAUUUGGACCAUGGAAUUGCAGCCAUUGGAUAUGGAAAGACUAGUGAUGGCACAAGUUAUUGGUUAAUGAAGAAUUCAUGGGGCACAACUUGGGGCGAAGAUGGGUAA